AACACAGCGCAAAGCAAUCAACAUCGUUGCAAAAACAGGACUGUCAACGAGCGCCCCGCAUAAUCGAUACAGAGCGAGUGUCUUCAGUGUAAGGUCAGCCAGCCACGGAGACUAGGCUUGGAACAGCAGGCACAAGCGGACGCUACCCUCCUCAGCAUCAAUCUCCACACAUGCCACUCACAUGCCCCAAAGCCACUCUUUCCGCUGAACAAUCAAAUCUAGCCACACAAAUAGUGAACGAACAAACCAAUAAUCGCCGAGGCGACAGACGAGAGCUGAGAACUGAGCGCUGAGCGCUGACGAGAGACCAGCGACCGCACGCGACGCGACGCGACGAAGCACGCGGGAGCAUGAGUAUAACCAACCAAAUACGUGUGCGAGUGCGAGUAUGAUUUAUGUAGCUGUGUACGUAGAAGUAUGAGUAUCAAUUCAGUCUUGGAUCGGGAAUCAAGGAUCGGGGGGCGAGUGCCGAGCUGCGCCGGAGGCUAUGGGAGGCUAUGGGCCGAUGUCAAUGUCGAUGUCGAUGUCGAUGUCGAGAGAAGGGAAGGCGGUGGGAAUGCUCGUGGCCGAUGAGACAGGAUGGGAAUGGUUGGGCUGGGAUGGGUGGGAUGGGUGGGACGAGACGAGAACAGGAUGGGCGAGAUGGACAUGGACGUGGGAUGCGUGGGUGGGAAUCGGGAGAUCGUGACAGAGACAACGACCCACAAGACGAAACAGGAAAAACAACUAAAAAAGAGAAAGAAACCGG